AUGGCAAUUCAAGCUGUAACGACUCCUUCAAAUCAAGAGCAAUUUGUAUUAGUAUUACUUGCUAUAUUCAUACCACCAUUAGCUAUAUGUUUUGCAAAAAGAUCAAUUUUUAAUAAAGAGUUUUUAGUUGGAUUAUUAUUGACUUUAUUAGGUCAUUUACCAGGAUUAAUUUUUAGUUUAUAUUAUCUUUUAUGUGUUUAUUUCCCAGAAAGAAGAGGUGAAGUUGAUGGUUAUACGACCAUAAGAGAUGAUGAGGAACAUAGAUUAGGAGGGAAUGACCAUGACAGGAAUGUUGGGGGAGAUAGACACCAUAAUCAUCAUCACCGUCAGGAAGCUGAACAAGUUCAAGGCAUUGUUCAUAAUCAAACUUCAUCAAAUAAACAAGCUAAACAAAAACCUUAUAGAGAUAAUGUUCCCGUUGGUGACCAUGAUGAUUCUAAUGCUCCAUUAUUAAAUGCGGGUGAUUUACCUGCUUAUGAUGACAUUGUCGAUUCUAAAAGUAAAAAACAUCAUCAUCAAGAUGGUAAAAGCGGGGGAGAUAAUAAAAUACAGAUUUAA